AUGGCAAUCAAGUUGGACAUGGCUAAAGCCUAUGAUAGAGUGGAGUGGCAUUUUUUGCAGGCAAUGAUGCAGAAGAUGGGAUUCUGUCCACAAUGGAUCAAUUGGAUUACUAGUUGUAUGAAGUCUGUCACUUACUCUUUCAACUGCAAUGGAGAAAUCAAAGGCUUUGUUACACCAGGGAGAGGAAUAAGGCAGGGAGAUCCCUUGUCUCCCUACCUUUUCUUAAUCCGUUCAGAAGGUUUCUCAAGCCUGUUGAGAAAAGCAGAAGGAAGAAAUGAGAUAAAAGGGCUGAGAAUUAGUAGGCAAGGGCCUAUCAUUACUCAUCUCUUCUUUGCAGAUGACUCACUCAUUUUCUGUAAAGCCAGUAUUCAUCAGGCCAAUGAAAUUAUGAAGCUCCUCAAAACGUAUGAAGAGGCAUCAGGUCAGCUGAUCAAUUUAGAUAAAUCAGCUAUAUUUUUUAGCAAAAACAUGAAUCUGGAACAAAGGAAGGAAAUAUGCAGUGCUCUGGGUGGAAUGGUAGAAAUGACACAAGAGAAAUAUUUAGGUCUCCCAAUGGUGAUAACAAGAACAAAGGAUCAGGUGUUUGGGUUCAUCAGAGACAACAUAAGAAGAAAGCUUCAGGAUUGGAAAAAUAAGUUACUAAGUACUGCAAGUAAGGAGGUAAUGCUGAAGGUAGUCUCUAUGGCAAUGCCUACAUAUGCCAUGUUCUGCUUUAACUGUCAAGGAAGCUGUGCAAAGACAUUACUGCAUCUAUGGCUAACUACUGGAGCCAGAAGCUUAGUUGAAAAAGGUGUGAUCAAGAGGAUUGGCAAUGGGAAAAGCACAAACAUUUGGGAGUAUAAAUGGAUUCCAGGAUCAUCUUCUGGUAAGCCUUCUACCCCAAGACCUCUUAACAGCUCACUAAAGAUAGUACACGAGCUUAUCAUUCAGAAAAGAUGGGACAGGAACACCAUUUUUAGAGUUUUUAACCAAAGUGAUGGAGAGAGGAUUUUAAGCAUCCCUAUCAGUUCAAUAGGUAGGGAGGAUAGCUAUUUUUGGCAACACAAUGCAGGAGGUUGUUAUUCUGUAAGUUCUGGAUACAAACUUUUGAUGGAAGAAAAUAACAGUACUGAGAAGGCAAAAUUAGGAAAAGCUGGUCCAAGCAUAAUGGAAGAAAGCCAACAACUGAAACAAAUAUGGAAUACUCUUUGGAAGCUUAACAUAAAACAUAAGAUUAAGCUGUUUAUAUGGAAGUGCAUCAAAGGGGCAUUGCCAGUCAGAGAAGCAAUCUUCAGAAGGACAGGAAUGGGAGAUUCAAUAUGUAGAGCUUGUGGGGAGAGCCAGGAAAUAGUGGAACAUCUACUAUUAAACUGCCCAAAUACCUUGGAUAUAUGGAAAGUGACCCCAAUACAAUGGGAUGGAGCUAGAGAUCAACAAGGAGACUUCAAACGAUGGUGGAGCAAAAUAUCAGAGGCAAAGACAAGACUAGAAGGGGCACAGCAUAUUGGACUGACUGCAAAUAUUCUGCAAGUGUGGAAAGAAAGAAAUAAGAAGGAUUUUGAAAAUCAAAACAGAUGUCCACCGGUGAAGACAAUGAACAAGGCUCAGAAGGAGUGGAUGAAACAAGAGAAACAAGGAAAAACUAAGGACAGCAUGAGCACAGGAGAAAUAGCUGUCAACCAAACAGUACAUCAGCAGGAGCAUGAAGAUGAGGGGAUCAUAAUACUGGAAGUGAAUACAACAAGCCAGCAAAGACAGCCUUCAUUUGGAGUUGGAGCCAUAGCUAGGACAUACCAGCACACAAGGAUUGUAGAAUGGGCACUAAAGGAGAGAACACUCGGAACGAAGAUCCUUGAUGAUGCGGUAGCAGUUAAACUGGUCUUAAGUAAAGCUAUGGAGCAACAUUGGGACAGGAUCAAAAUCCUUUUCCACAACAAAGAAUUACUGAGACAGUUAAGGCAUCAGAGCUCCUCAGAAAGCCGUUUAGCAACAUUGGUUGAUGAUAUUACUGAAUUGCAGAAGAUGUUUUGCAUGUGCUCUUUUGAGCUGGUUAGUGAAGAAAAUAUGACAAAUUGUAAAAGACUUAGUUUUUAUGCCUUAGGCAUUCUUGUGAAUGAGGAAUGGUACUUUCCUCAGUGCACUUGA